GCCAUGUUUAUUGAACUGUCAAACUUUUUCAUCGCAACGCAAAGCUUGCAUAUCGUGUUUGGUUUAGUCAAUAAAUUGAUAUUUGCCUGAAAAUCCACCCGUUUUCAGUUCAAUUACUCUUCAAACAAAUCGUAUUGAUUAUUGCACCGGCAAAUCGGCUUCCAUCAUGGUGCGAACUGGAAUGAUGCGUGGUGGUCGUGGUGGCAUGGGGAUGGGCAUGCGAGGAAUGCGCGGUGCUCCUUACAUGAACAAAAAGAGUUUCCUGCCCCGGCAUCCGUUCGAUUUGACUCUAGCCGAGCCGGCUUUCGAACGCGUCUCGCCAGCACCGGACGACACAGUGCUGACCAACGCUUUACUCAAGCGUAGCCAAGAUCUGACCCCAACACCGCAGGAACAGACGGCGAUCUCCAACCUAGUUACCAAGGUGCAAGCUGUGCUUGAUAGUUUAGUGGUAGCCCCGGGUGACUUCAACAAAUGCCAGCUGGACGAGGUUCGUCAGGUGGGUUCCUUCAAGAAAGGAACAAUGAUGGCCGGACACAACGUAGCUGAUGUGGUGAUUAUUUUGAAAACUCUACCAACUAAGGAUAUUGCUGAGAUUCUUGGUAAGAAAGUGGAUGAAGACAUUCAGAAGUCGAUGAAAACUGAGGUGGUUCCGAAAGCGGAAGCAAUAUCUUUGGAGUUCAGUGAAAAUUGUUUUGAAAUUUCUAACUCACUUGCGAAGGUACGCUGUUUAAUUGCCACUCUUCCGCAAAACAUUCGUAAGCUGGACGCAGAGAAACAUAUUGAUUUUAAAGUAGUCCAGAGUCAUUUAGCUUCCAUAAGACACGCCCGCUGGUUUGAAGAAAAUGCUCAUCACUCGAGUAUUAAGGUGCUGAUUCGCAUUCUUAAAGAUCUGGCCAGCCGGUUUGAUGGUUUUGCGCCGCUAAACCCUUGGAUUUGCGAUUUGUUGGCACAUUCUGCUAUCAUGAAUAACCCAAGUCGACAGGCACUUCCCGUUAAUCUGGCAUUCCGGCGAAUAUUUCAGCUCCUAGCAUCGGGCCUAUUUGUCCCAGGCUCGGCCGGUAUCACGGAUCCUUGUGAAGUGGGUCACAUUAGAGUGCACACUUCGAUGAGUUUAGUACAGCAGGACGAGUGCUGCAUGACUGCCCAGACACUGGUUCGAGUGCUGGCCCACGGUGGAUACAAACACAUUUUGGGUUUUGUGGAAAAUACCACCGUAGCGAAGGAGAUGUCCGUUUGGGACGGCGUGGUGGUUUCACCGAUGGAUCCAGCGUAUGAAAAACCGGUAGAGAAAAAAGAUGGUGACGAUGAGGAUAUGGAAUGCGUCGAAGAAUCCACCAUGGAGGAAGAAGACAACGGUGAAUAAGUGGGUGAUUGUGACAAACCGAUGCUCCAACGACUUCUUCAUUUUAAAUGACGAACCAGAAUUGUAUUUUACGGUAUGCUCAGCAAUUAUGAUAUCAUCUGCAGCACUCUGUUUGAAGAUAUAACUAAAUAAACUUUAUGUGUGUGAACUCAA